AUGACGGUCCCUGGAACGAACGUCCAUCUAGGACAACCAAAGAAAGGCAAGGACUCUAAAUGGUUCGCAUACUAUAAUGAGUACCGAGCUGCUGAUGAAAUGCUACAUGGCUCCUCAGACGAGGAAUCUGACCGUCCAACUGCCCACCAUGCUUUUGAUACUAUGUUCAAUGACACCAGCGGCUUUCCAUUUGUCGCGGGUAGCUUACAGGCCGAGCCCACUACACAUCCAUCCUCAACUCAGGUUAUCCAAUUAUGGCAAAUCUAUAUAAACAACGUGAAUCCUCUCCUGAAGAUCAGCCAUGUUCCCACGCUUCAACCUCAGAUAAUUGAGGCGUGUACGAACCCUGCCAACAUUCCGAAGCCUAUCAGCGCUCUCAUGUUUGGAAUAUACCUUACAGCCGUAAAUUCUAUGGAUGAUAAAGACGUUCACAAUGUUCUUGGAGACGAAAAACCCACUGCUUUCGCUCGAUAUCGCAAAGCUAUGGAGCAAGCUCUGAUCGAUGUUAGUUUCAUGAAAUCUUCCGAUUUUAUGGUACUCCAGGCCUAUUUCCUAUAUCUGAUCACGAUGAGACUUUGGAUUGACCCUCGGUCUCUUUUCUGCCUCAUUGGCAUCGCUGUUCGCAUGGCAACCCGCAUUGGUCUGCAUCGAGACGGUGCCCAGUUCGGCCUUUCUCUUUUCGAAACUGAGCAAAGAAGGCGACUUUGGUGGCAGAUAGUUGUUCUUGACAAGCGAAUAGCUGAAAUUACUGGAUCACCAAUCAGCGCGUUGUCCUCUAUGGGAGCAGACUGCCGGUAUCCCCUCAACGUGAAUGAUACAGAUCUUCACCCCCAAUCUAAAGAGCCUCCAUUACCAUCCCCUGGGAUGACCGAAAUGACGUUUUCUCUCACGCGCAUCGAAAUAACCGUUGCCUCUGCACCUGAUGGCAUUCGACCAAAUCCUAAAGUUUCCAACAAUGCACACCCUAACAAUGAAUCGUGCACCGCAGACACUAGCAAACCCCAGAAACAAAACACGAAUGUCUCCGAUAACCUCGACCGCUACUGCAAACACAUGGAAUCGGCCUAUCUAAAGCCCUGCGACGUCAAAAUCCCCCUUCAACUCUUCACCCUCCUAAUGACACGCGUAUCCCUCUACAAGCUCCGAGUCCUCGACUUCGUAUGCCAAGGUACUUCCUCCUCAGACCCAGAUCACAAACGACAAGACGCCGCCUUUCUAGCUGCAAUCCACAUGCUUGAAUCAGAUAAUACCAUUCAUACCACGGCAAGUCUCCGUGGACUAGUAUGGUACAGUAACAUGCAUAUACCCUUACCGGGAUACAUCUUCCUCGCCAACGAAAUCCGUCACCGCACCACAGGUGAACUCUGUGAACGUGCGUGGGACGCUAUCUGCCAAAGCCCAUAUCAUAAAGGAUUGAGUCGAAAUCUUCGGAGUCCAUUGCAUGUUGCCCUUGGGCAGACUAUUUUGAAGGCUUGGGAUGCUCGUGAGAGGGCGGAAUUGAAGGGUGGUAAGGUGCUGCAGCCUCCGGUUCUUGUUGUUUCACUUCGUGAAACUCUUCCUGGUCAUCUCACUGGGCAGAGGGCUGGGCGAGAUAUGGCGGGAGCUACUAUGGAGCCUGAGGAUGGGUCUUCCUUUUUGCGUGGAUCUGCGCCAAGUUCUCUGAAUGAGGCCGGGAACGUGAUGCCUGGCGAAUAUAUGAUACCUUCUGGACGAAUCUGA